UACACCCUUGUCCCCAAUACAGCCUGAUCCACCUAACUGGCAGUUUCCCAAGGACGCAGCGAACUGUGAGGAAGAGAAGGGUUUCAAUGGUGCUAUUACAGUGACAGUGGAGUGAGCCUAACCAAUUCCCAGCUGGAAGUUACUAAGAUUAAAUAUCAAGAAGUACCAAGCCAGAUGUAGACAUUUCUUGGCAUGGAGAACCAAGCCCAUACUACAGCAGGAGCUUCUCCUUGUGAAGCUGAGCUUCAGGAACUGAUGGAACAAAUCGACAUCAUGGUAAGCAACAAGAAGCUGGACUGGGAAAGGAAGAUGCGGGCUUUAGAGACACGGUUAGACCUUCGGGAUCAAGAGUUGGCCAACGCACAGACUUGCUUGGACCAGAAAGGCCAGGAGGUGGGGCUGCUUCGACAGAAGCUGGACAGUCUAGAGAAAUGUAAUCUAGUAAUGACUCAGAACUACGAGGGGCAGCUACAGACCCUGAAAGCUCAAUUUUCUAAGCUAACCAGUAACUUCGAAAAGCUGAGGUUACACCAAAUGAAGCAAAGCCAAAUUCACCGAAAGGAGUCCUCCAGCAAAGAAGAGCUGCCCUUUGAGCUGAGCAGUUUGAACCAGAAACUGGAGGAGUUCCGAGCAAAGUCGAGGGAGUGGGACAAGCAGGAGGUCCUCUACCAGACCCACCUGGUGUCGCUGGAUGCUCAGCAGAAGUUGCUCUCUGAAAAGUGCAGCCAGUUUCAGAAACAGGCACAAAAUUACCAAACUCAGCUAAAUGGGAAAAAGCAGUGCCCAGAGGACAGCAGCUCUGAGAUCCCUCGCCUGGUGUGUGAGUCAGAUCCUGGCUGUGAAGCCACUCAAAGAGAUGAGUUCAUUAUUGAGAAGUUAAAGUCGGCCGUGAGUGAAAUCGCGCUGAGCAGGAACAAGUUACAAGAUGAAAACCAGAAGCUCCUGCAGGAACUGAAGAUGUACCAGAGGCAGUGCCAGGCCAUGGAAGCAGGACUGUCAGAGGUGAAGAAUGAGUUACAAUCACGAGACGAUCUCCUGAGGAUUAUAGAAAUGGAAAGACUGCACUUGCAUAGAGAACUGCUGAAAAUGGGAGAAUUGCAGACUGCUCAAGAUAACAGGAAAAGAGUUGAGUCAUCAUAUUCCCCUUCUCCUAAAGAAGCAGAAAGGAAAAGAAAGGAGUUGUUUUCAAUGGUCUCAGAUCAACCCAAUCAUGAAAAGGAAUUAAACAAGAUGAGAAGCCAGCUCUAUCAGGAGGAAAGCCUAUGCACCGAACAGGAACGGCUGAGGAACGAGAUCUCCGAACUCACCCAGGAACUUCACCAGAAGGAGGUCACUAUAGCAACUGUCAUGAAGAAAGCUGCCCUUCUGGAAAGACAGCUAAAGAUAGAAUUAGAAAUAAAAGAAAGAAUGUUAGCAAAGCAACAGGUUUCAGACAGAAGAUACAAAGCUGUCAGAACAGAAAACACCCACCUGAAGGGAAUGAUGGGCGAUUUAGACCCUGCACGGUACUUGGCUGUGGACUUAAGUAACAAGAAGCAUUCACAGUACACAUCGAUUAAUAAGCUUGAAUAUGAGAACGAAAGACUCCGAAGCGAUCUCGCCAAGCUCCACGGCAAUGGAAAAGCAUCGUGGCCCAAUCAGAGCAGCUAUGGUGAAGCAGGGGCAUACGUCUUCCAGAGCCAGCUGAAAACGGAGACCAGUGGAGACAGAAUUAGCCAAGACUGCGAGCUGAACAGAAGCCCGACACCCUUGUCGCCUUUGCCAUUUCAGACCAAAGAAAUGGCAAGCCCAUUGGUUGGUGACAAUGAAGUCCUCCCUCUGGUGAGUUCCUGAAAGUCUCCACCAGAUUGUGCACAGUAACCGUCACUGUGCCAGAGUCAUGCUGCCACUGAGACACAGCAGAUGCACAGCUUCAUGCUGCCUCCGUUUCACCACUGUUUGUAAUACAAUAAAGGAAUGCAAAACUCAAUUGCUUUGCAAGAGUGUCCAGUUUCUACAGAAGUAAUAGCAAGAAGAUGAACAAUGAAAUUCACAUAGCAAAUACACAAGAAUGAUAAGCCAAUAUCCUGUUCUUUAAAGAUGGAAUACACACAGAGACAAGAGACACUUGCUAUAUAGUAUGCAUGUAUGCUCAUCACACACACACACAC